GGGGCCGAGCGGGGCCGAGCCUCCGCGCCGCCCCCGCCCGCGCACGGCGGCAGCCGGGCCGCUCCUCUCCGCCCCGCACAGCUCCGCUCCGCUCCGCACGGCCGCCGCACCUCUCGGCCCCGCUCCGCACCGCACGGCCGCCGCACAACUGCGCUCCGCUGUGCCAGCGGGAGCCGCCGCGGAGGCGGCGAGGAUGCUGCCCCUCAGCCGCGGGCGGCCCCGCCGCUGGCAGCACCCGCUGCUCCUCCUGUCAGCGCUGCUCUGGGCGCCGGCGCUGGUGGCUUUCAACCUGGACGAGGAGAAGCUGACGGUGUACAGCGGGCCCCCGGGCAGCUACUUCGGGUACUCGGUGGACUUCUACAUCCCCGACCCCAGCACGGUCAGUGUCCUGGUGGGAGCUCCCAAAGCCAACACCACGCAGCCGGACAUCGUGGAAGGAGGAGCGGUGUACUACUGCGCCUGGCCCGCCGCCCGCUGCCGGCAGAUCCCCUUCGACAACACCAACAACAGGAAAAUUAAAGUCAAUGGCACCAGGGAACCUAUUGAAUUUAAGACAAAUCAGUGGUUUGGGGCAACAGUCAAAGCUCAUAAAGAGAAAGUUGUGGCUUGUGCUCCUUUGUAUCAUUGGAGAACACUUAAAGACAGCCCUGAGAAGGACCCUGUUGGGACCUGCUAUGUAGCAAUUCAGAACUUCAGUGCCUAUGCUGAAUAUUCACCUUGUCGCAAUAGCAAUGCAGAUCCUGAAGGACAAGGCUUUUGUCAAGCAGGUUUCAGCUUAGAUUUUUACAAGAAUGGAGACCUGAUAGUAGGCGGGCCCGGUAGUUUUUAUUGGCAAGGUCAGGUAAUCACUGCAAGCAUUGCGGACAUCAUUGCAAAUUAUUCCUUCAAGGAUAUUCUGAGGAAACUGGCACGAGAGAAGCAAACAGGAGUGGCACCCCCCUCAUAUGAUGACAAUUACAUGGGAUACUCAGUGGCUGCUGGGGAAUUUACUGGGGAUUCUGAACAAGAGCUGGUUGCUGGAGUCCCAAGGGGAGCACAGAACUUUGGCUAUGUCUCCAUUAUUAAUUCUUCUGACUUGACCUUUAUCCAGAACUUCACUGGUGAGCAGAUGGCGUCCUAUUUUGGGUACACAGUUGCAGUAUCUGAUGUUAACAAUGAUGGUUUAGAUGAUAUCCUAGUCGGUGCCCCUCUUUUUAUGGAACGAGAAUUUGAGAGCAAGCCUAAAGAAGUUGGGCAAGUUUAUCUGUAUCUGCAAGAAAGUGCAUUCCUCUUCCAAGAUGCACAAAUUCUGACAGGCACUGAAGUGUUUGGUAGAUUUGGCAGUGCAAUCACACACCUUGGCGAUCUCAAUCAAGAUGGAUAUAAUGACAUUGCUAUUGGUGCACCAUUUGCAGGAGAAGACAGAAGAGGCAAAGUGCUCAUUUACAAUGGAUACAGUAAUGGGUUAAACCCUAACCCUUCCCAGGUUCUCAAUGGAGCCUGGGCCUCACAGUCCAUGCCUUCGGGAUUUGGCUUCACUCUGAGAGGAGACUCCGAUGUAGACAAGAAUGAUUACCCAGAUUUAAUUGUGGGUGCAUUCGGAGCUGGAAAAGCAGUUGUUUACAGAGCCAGACCUGUUGUGACAGUGAAUGCUCAUCUAAUUCUGAACCCCAUGAUUGUGAAUCCAGACAAUAAAACCUGUCAGCUCCCCGACUCUCAGCUUUUGGUGGCCUGCUUUACUGUAAGAGUCUGCGCAGAUUUUGAAGGUCAAAGUAUUUCAGAUCAGAUAGUGUUGAAAGGUGAAUUGCAGUUAGAUUCAUUGAAACAGAAAGGAGCUGUUAAGAGGACUCUCUUCUUUGAUUACCAUCAGUCACAUCACUACUUCUCCAUUGUGAUAGAAAGACAGAAGCAACUCCAUUGCCAGGACUUCCUUGUUUAUCUCAGAGAUGAAACAGAAUUUAGAGAUAAAUUAUCUCCCAUCAAUAUAAACUUCAAUUAUAGUUUGGAUGAGUCCAGUUUUGAAGAUAGUUUGACUGUGAAGCCAAUACUGAACUAUUACCAGAAAAACUCACUAGCAGAGCAGGCCUACAUUCUUGUUGACUGUGGGGAGGACAACUUAUGUAUUCCUGACUUGCAACUUUCUGCAGUGCCGGAUACAGAUCAGCUGAUAAUUGGAGAAGAAAACUGUGUCAUGCUCAUAAUAAAUCCAAGGAAUGAUGGGGAAGGAGCCUACGAAGCUGAGCUGCACAUAAAGAUUCCACCUGAAGCAGAUUACACUGGGGUCGAACGCAACAACAAGGCACUGCGUGUGUUGAGCUGUGAUUACAAGAUGGAAAAUGAAACUAGAAUGGUGGUUUGUGAUCUUGGGAACCCCAUGGUGGCUGGCGCAAACUUCUCCACAGGCAUUCGAUUUUCUGUGCAGCAUUUUGAAAAUGCAGAUUUCAGCAUCAAUUUUGAACUGCAAAUAAAAAGUUCUAACAAGAUAAAUCCCACCAGCAACUUAGUGAACCUCCAUAUCAAUAUCAGUGCUGUGGCUCAAGUACAGAUCAGAGGAGUGUCUCACCCCCCAACAAUUAUUUUGCCACUUCACAACUGGGAACCCAAAGAUGAACCUACAAAAGAAGAAGAAGUUGGUCCUUUAGUAGAACACAUCUAUGAGCUACACAAUAUAGGACCAAGUGCCAUCAACAGUACAGUUCUCCAUGUUGGUUGGCCUGUGUCCAGUAGAGAGGAAUUUCUUCUUUAUAUUCUUCACAUUCAGACACAUGGACCAUUGCACUGUCAAACAAGCUCUCCUAUUAAUACAAUGCAAAUAAAGUUUGCUGUUCCAGAAGACACUCCUGAACUUGCUGCUUUUUUAUAUAAUUCCACAAUUUCUCAUUACAUCAGGAAAAGGGAUGUUGCAGUGGCAGAACCUCACAGGAAAAACUCUGCAAAAAUAUUGAACUGUACAAACGUGAAGUGUGUCUUAAUUUCAUGCACUGUGGGACAGCUGGAAAGAGGAAAGAGUGCUGCACUAAAAAUCAGGUCCCGGCUCUGGGCACAAACAUUCCUGGAGAGAAAGAAUGAUCUCUACAGUCUUUCUUCCAAUGUUUCCUUUGAAGUUAAGAGCAUGCCAUAUAAAGUGCAACCAGCAAAGCUCCCCGAGGGAAGCAUAGCAAUCAGAACAUCUGUCAUUUGGUCCACCCCAAAUGUCUCCUUUGAGAUCCCUUUAUGGGUUAUAAUACUAGCUAUACUUCUUGGACUACUAGUACUAGCUCUGCUGACCCUAGCUUUAUGGAAGUGUGGCUUCUUUGACAGAGCUAGACCUCCUCAAGAUGACAUGGCUGACAGGCAACAGCUGACAAAUAACAAGACUACUGAUGCAUAAAGGAAGAGAGUGACAGUUCAAGUCAGAAUCCUGCCUGAGAGACUAUAAACAUGACAAGGAUUAAAUGAAAGAUUCCUUCCAACCAGUCUUAUUUCGUACCUGCAAGUGACAUGGUGUCAGUCUGAUCUAUGCAAUGUUCUGAGAACAUGCCACAUGAUGGGCAUCCUUGCCAAAGAAAUUAACUUAUCACUGCCUUAUAGACAUAUUUUCCACUGAACAGAAUGUUUAUCCCAUAUUCCAGUCAGUUACGUUUCAGCAGAUGCUUCUGAGCACGUGUGGUAUACUGAGAUGCUUCCAGAACAAGCCCAAAUCUCUCAAGGAGAGAAUCCUUCAUUGCUGUAUUGUCUAGAAGAUGAAGCAGGACAAACCUUCUGAAUGCUACUGUAUCAUGCAGAGUACCUUUGAAACCUCCCUAAGAACUUCUAUGAAAUUAUGGCUCAGGGAGACAGGCAAUAUAUCAGUACUGUGAAAGUACUUCUGAAACACAAAGGUAAUCUAUAAAUACCUUUAUAGAUGGGGCACAAUUAUUUAUUUUUCCACCUUUUUGUAAUAAGUAUCUGAUAUAAUCAUCAACAUAGAUUUUGAGAAAAGGAAAAAAUAAUAGAAAUCAUGUACUUACUUUGCAUGUAAAUAGAAGAGUAAAGCAUUGUACACCCAGAGCAAGAACUCCUUGGCUACGAGGUGUUUUGCAAAGCAGAAGAUUUAUGGAACACUUUACAAGAUGAGACUUGUGAUAAGCAAGUACACGUUGUAUCUUUCAGCCCAGAGCUGGCAGUACCACACCCAGAUAACUCAAUCCAUGCACAGUAUAGAGCAGGGAUGAGUUACCCUGUCCUUGCUUUGCUGAUGGCUGGCAGCUGUACACUGACACAGGAUACAGACAUUUCUGAAACACUGUUUUAAAUUUUCACAGCCACACUGGUGAUAUUGAAAAGGCUUGAGGGGGUUUGGGGCUGGGGCAAAAUUUCUUGGCCUUUGCCCUGUUACUUUGUUGAAAUCCCCUCUUGAAAUGGAACAGCUACUGCCAUAAUAUUUCACCUAAAGAAAUCUUUGCCUUUUUCAUUUUUCAAUCUACAAGCUGGCAGCAUCUUAAAAGUAAUGCUUUUGGCAAAGUUUAGGGCUUGAUAAAAUUAUUUUUAAAGUCUCGCAGGAAAGGGUGACAGGAUUUGUAUUUAUGCAGAAAAAUAGGAUGCCAGCCAGCCAAGCAUGAACAAAAAGAAAGAAAGUGAUUUUGAGGCACAGAGUAAAAAUACAUACUUAGUAUUUAUUAUGAUUUUUUUUCUGGGUUUAGGAUCCCAAAGAAAGGAUGUUUCAUUCUUUUCCUUCUAUCAGCAAAUGGUCUUUAUCUCAGCAGGGGCUCUAAGCCCUGAUCUAUGCAAAUUUUUAUGUGAAAGUUUGAAUGUUUCAGUGCUGCCUGUGAGUGUGAAAUUAGCAAUAUUGUGUAAAAUUCACGAGGGAUUGUUCAUUUUAUGAAACACACACUACUUGACUUCUCCUGAGUUCCUUUUCUUUCCAAUCCAUCUCAGCUUCUCAACUGGUAAAUGGCCUCAUCCAUUCUGCCACUUCUUUUUGGCUCCUUUUAAACAACUGGCUUCCUAAUACUUCAAGAUAGGAGUAGUUAUGAGACAUUGUCAGUUCUGCCAGUCUGACAUGAGAUUUUACAGUUUUAUCGUUUCUUGUAUGCAGACUAACCUGAGAAGUCCAAGCAGGAGCUGUGUUACAUCUUCAUAUCAAAGACAAAUUUGCAAGAAGACCUUUAUGGAGUCUUUAGCUUAUCAGAUGCAGUGUGCCCAAAAGUCAGAGACAGAAGGAGAUAUGUGCCUCUGAACAUGGAUGUGAAGCCCCUGUGUGCUUCACACAAGCAAGCACCUCUGUUUCCUAGGGAUGGGGAGGCCUGACAACUUCCCAGUCCCCCAGAAAACCAUUAACAGACUCCUUCUCCAGAUGGCUUUGAGCUGAUCUGUUGUAGAAUAGAGACAUCAGCUGAUAAAUUCCAUCACAAAGCAAGCCCCUCCUGUAUUUGCACACCUCUGUAUCCCACACAUUCCAGGCAAAAUCAUCCUUCCAUGAAGAAAAAAAAAAGUGAGCUUCCAUCUUUUGUAAAUAUUUGUUGUGUGUAGCAGCUUCAGAAAUAAUAUCAGCAGCUCAUUGUAAUCAUGUCAUCUGCACAACUCUCAUGAAAUAGCACCAUAAGGAGAUACUGAACAUAGGACUUCUAUAUGUGCAAUACUUUAUAUUACUUAUGUACCUGAAGCAUGUUUACACUGGCAUUUGUGGUUGUUUUUUAAACUUUUGAAUAUACUGAUAACAAUUACAAUAAAAAAAGGAAUGGGGAAAAAAAGUAAAACAAACACCAUGCUGUUCAG